AUGACCACCGCAAUCAGAAUGCUUGCUUAUGGAGUGUUGGUUGAUUUCAUGGAUGAAUACUUAAGGAUUGGAGAAAUCAUUACAAUAAAAAGCUUAAAAAAAAUUGUUAAAGCGGUAGUUUCAAUCUUUUCUGAAGAGUACCUGAGGCCACCAAACAACAAUGACAUUGCAAGGUUGUUAGCAGUUGGCCAACAUCGUGGAUUUUCAGGAAUGCUGUGGAGCAUUGACUGCAUGUAUUGGAAAUGGAAAAAUUGUCCAAGUAAGUGGAAAGGUCAAUAUAUUGGUCAUACCCGUGAUCCAACGAUAAUUUUGGAAAUCAUGGCGUCGUAUGACCUUUGGAUAUGGCAUGCAUUUUUUGGGUUAUCGGGGUCUCACAAUGACAUCAAUGUUCUAGAGCAGUCUUCUGUAUUUUCUGAGUUUGUUGAAGGGCGUGCUCCUCCGGUUAAUUACUCGAUAAAUGGUAAUGACUAUUCGAUGGGGUACUAUCUUGCAGAUGGUAUAUAUCCAUCAUGGGCAACAUUUGUCAAAACAAUUUUAGCACCACAAGACCGUAAAAGACAACAUUUUGCUUCUAUACAAGAGGCGGCCAGGAAGGAUGUUCUUGAAAAAUUUUCAAAUAUGGGUAUUCUUUAUGGCUUUAUCUCUUAA